AUGGACUGUCUAUCUGAGGCUCCUGCUGGAUCUGUCAUCCUUCUUCAUGCCGUCGCUCACAAUCCUACUGGUAUGGAUUUCACUCAUGAGGAGUGGCAGGAAGUUCAGAAGCUCCUUCAAGAGAGGCAUCUUAUUCCUCUUCUUGAUUGUGCUUAUCAGGGAUAUGCUUCUGGUGAUUUGGAUAGAGAUGCUUAUGCUCUUCGCCUAUUCUAUCAGUCCGGUAUGGAGUUCUUUGUAGCCCAGAGUUUCGCCAAGAACUUUGGUCUUUAUGGUGAGCGUGCUGGUAUGUGCCACUUCGUGACCAAGAGUGCUGACUUGGCUGCUCGUGCUCUUAGUCAGCUCAAGCUCAUCAUUCGUCCCAUGUAUUCUUCUCCUCCGAUUCAUGGUGGUUUAAUUGUUAAGACUAUUCUUGAGAACCCCGCCUAUGAGAAGGAGUGGAGAGAUGAGUUGACUGCUAUCAGUGGAAGGAUUGGUGAGAUGCGUAUUCUUCUGUCUGAUGGGUUGUCCGCCAAGGGUACUCCUGGUACUUGGGGACAUAUUAAGAAGCAGAUUGGUAUGUUCUCCUUCACUGGUCUCACUGUUGCUCAGUCUGAGCGUAUGAUUAACAAGCAUCAUGUCUAUAUGCUCAAGAAUGGUCGUAUCUCUAUGGCCGGCUUAAACAAGCACAAUAUUCAGUACGUUAUCGAUGCUAUGGAUGAGUGUGUGCGUAAUGCGUAA